GGAUCUAUUAACAGCAUGGGCAAUUAUAUUGAACAGACCAGCACAGAUUUAGUUGGGACACCCUUAUUUGUUGCACCUGAACUUGCCAAGGCAUUCAAAGAUAGUAUUGAGAUAUUUACAACGGAUAAUGAUAAUGAUGGUGAUACUGCUCAAUAUGAAUAUGACAAAUCUAUUGAUAUCUGGUCAUUUGAGAUACUUUAUGACAAUAUAAUGAAAGGUGACCUAGAUUUUUCUACAUUUAAAACAAUUAGAAGUGAUAUUAAUGAAAAUAAAACUGUUGUGGAUUUUAUUCUUAAAUUGUGUCAGGUAGAUAGAGAUAAAAGGAUGUCAUCUGAACAAGCAUUGCAGCAUACAAUGUUUAGUUAA